AUGCCGCCCUUUCAAACUCUAGACCAUCAUACUGAUGAGGCAUUAGAAGAUGAGACUGAGGAGACACUCAAUGAAAAAACAUGGGCAGAUUUAAUUGCUUUGUGCCAAGAUCGACAAUUGAAUGCGGAAGGCGAUAAACAGACGCUAAUACAGCGACUCUUGGAUUGGAAAGUGAAUACACGCCCAGUUCCUGCACCUUCAACUCCGCGUCUUUUUUCAGCAGACGGGUCAGGUACUCCAUGGAAAGAGAAAUUGAAUACAGUAUUAUUGUCAUCACUACUACUUGAUGAAGAAGAUAUAUCAAGAGAAAUUCCUUAUAAUGAGUUAGAAAUAGGGAAAAAGUUGGGAUCAGGUGGUUUUAAAGAUUGCUAUAUUGGACGAUAUAAAGGGGAAUUGGUUGCUGUUGGUGAACUUCGAGUAGCGAACUUUUCUGAUUCAGAUUUUAAGGAAAUCAAACAUGAAAUAAAUGUUCUCAAGCAGCUACGACAUGAGAAUAUUAUACAAUUCAUUGGUGUAUCUACAAAUACAAAACAUUUAUGUAUUAUUACGGAAUUAUGUGAAAAUGGUGAUAUGUUUGAUUUCACGAGAGCAUAUCCGAAACCAUUGUUUAGUCAACAGGAUUUAAAAUCGAUGAAUAUCUUGAUAUCUGCUGAUUUAAGAGCAAAAAUUAACGAUUUUGGCCUCGCCCGUAUCCGACCUAGAAAUGCGAGCAUGCAUACACAAUGUGGUACUCCAAAUUGGCAAGCACCUGAAUUUUGGACAUCUAAACCAAGCUAUACCGAAAAGUAUCUUCUUGUUAUCUGGCAUGAUUUGACGGAUACAUGGGUAUAUGCUUGUGGUCUUAUAUUUUGGGAAAUUAUGACAUGGGCUGAACUUGGAUACCCGUAUCAAAAUUUUUCUGAACAUCAAUUGUACGAAGCAGUACGAGAUAAAGGAGUUCGUCCAAGCUUGGAAACUUUAAGAAUAUAUCCAGUCAAAUUGUUAAAUUUGGUUGAGGAUAUGUGGAAUUUUAACCCAAAGAAUAGACCUAGCAUGGGCGUUGUUGUUGAAAAACUUGCAGAAUUUCUAUCUUAA